UUCACUUUGUUUUCAUUCAUUCGUAGUAGAAAUUAGUACACUACUACACUAGUAGCUUCUGUUUGCAUGGUUUCUUUUAUUUGAUCAUUCAUAGUGUCAAAAGGGGAUUGCUUGAUUAGUUCUUGAGUAAUUAAGUUGUGGUAAAGGUUAAUUGUGGGUGGGUUCAUAAUUAAUGUUUUCUGGAUUGAGAAUUCUAAACCUUAGUGAUUCUUGGAAACCAUUGUUGUUUGAGGUGUUGUAAUAAUUGGGAUUUGGGUAAAUAAUAGGUCUGGGAGUGCUUUAGUUUUACAGUCUGUGAAAAAGAGCAUUAGAGGAAGGAGAAAUCAUGGCCGGAGGUGGAGCGGCUGCGCCACCACCAAAACAAGAGGAAUUAGUACCACACCCGGUCAAAGAUCAGCUCCCCGGAGUUUCUUACUGCAUUGCCAGCCCACCUCCCUGGCCUGAGGCCAUACUGCUUGGGUUCCAGCACUUUCUUGUGAUGCUUGGGACAACUGUUCUCAUACCCUCCUAUCUGGUUCCCCAAAUGGGAGGAGGAAAAGAAGAGAAAGCUCUAAUGAUUCAGACCCUACAGUUUGUAGCUGGUCUGAAUACAUUAACUCAGACAUUGUUCGGGACUCGACUACCUGCUGUUAUUGGAGGUUCCUACACCUUUGUCCCCACGACUUUGUCAAUCGUCUUGGCUGGUCGAUAUAGUGGCAUUUUGGAUCCUGAGGAGAAGUUCAGGAGGACCAUGAGAGGAAUUCAGGGGGCUAUGAUUGUUGCCUCGACUCUUCAGAUUAUCAUCGGCUUUAGUGGCCUGUGGAGGAACGUAACCAGGUUCUUGAGCCCCCUUUCUACGGUUCCAUUGGUAGCUCUCACAGGAUUUGGACUGUAUGAGUUAGGCUUUCCUCUGCUCACAAAAUGCGUGGAGAUUGGACUGCCUCAGCUUAUCAUACUUGUGAUCUUCUCACAGUACUUACCACAUGUGAUGAAAGGCGGGAGAAAUGUCUUUGAUCGCUUUGCUGUGUUAUUCUCAGUGGUCAUUGUCUGGAUAUACGCCCACUUACUGACCGUUGGGGGAGCGUAUAGGAAUGUUGCCCAAGCAACUCAAGUUAGCUGCAGAACUGACCGUGCUGGGAUUAUAAGUGCUGCUCCUUGGAUCAGAGUCCCUUACCCGUUCCAAUGGGGAGCUCCUACUUUCAAUGCUGGAGAAUCGUUUGCCAUGAUGGCUACUUCCUUCGUAGCUCUUGUUGAGUCAACUGGUGCUUUCAUUGCUGUGUCAAGGUAUGCCAGUGCAACUCCAUUACCACAUUCAGUUCUUAGCCGUGGUGUCGGUUGGCAGGGUGUUGGCAUACUGUUCUCUGGAAUUUUUGGAACAGGAAACGGAUCAUCAGUGUCUGUUGAAAAUGCUGGUUUGCUUGGGUUGACACGAGUUGGAAGCCGAAGAGUGAUACAAAUAUCUGCUGGUUUUAUGAUAUUCUUCUCAAUACUUGGAAAAUUUGGAGCUGUCUUUGCCUCAAUCCCCGCACCGAUCAUUGCUGCUCUCUACUGCCUUCUCUUUGCCUAUGUUGGAGCGGGUGGCCUUGGUUUCCUCCAGUUCUGCAACCUGAAUAGCUUCAGAACAAAGUUCAUUCUUGCAUUCUCCAUCUUCAUGGGCUUAUCCAUACCGCAGUACUUCAACGAGUACCUAUCUGUGAAGGGCUACGGCCCCGUUCACACGAAUGCAAGAUGGUUCAAUGACAUGAUCAACGUUCCUUUCUCGUCUGAGCCAUUCGUUGCGGGAGUGUUGGCGCUGGUUCUGGAUGUAACGCUGCCCCCCAAGGACAACACAACGAGGAAGGACAGAGGCAUGCAUUGGUGGGACAAGUUCCGGUCUUACAAGACCGAUACGAGGAGUGAGGAGUUCUAUUCUCUCCCUCUCAAUCUCAACAAGUUCUUCCCAUCUGUGUAGUUCAAAGUGAUAGAAUGCACAUCUGAGUGUGUGUGUUUUUUGAUGAAUGGCUCAUUUUGGCUUCUAUGACAACUUUUUCCUCUUCAUAUCAACUUGUACUUUCUCUAAUGCCUUCUAAUCCUAGUAUCAAAUGUUUGACAAGUUCAA